AUGUCAACCUCAUCCUUAAAACUAUCACCUCUUAAUUUUACAUUAACGUACCUGUCCCGGGUGGAUAAAUCUCUCUCUCUCUCUCUCUCUCUCCGUCUCUCUCUCUUACUCUCUCUCUCUCUAAUUCUCUCUCUCUUUCUCUCUCUUUCUCUCCGCCCUCUCUCCUUGUCUCUCUUUCUCUCUGCUCUCUUUAUUUAUCUUUACUUUUUCUCACUCUUUCUCUUUUUUCUCUGUCUUUCUCUUUCUGUUUCUCUUUCAGUUUCUGCCUCUUUCUCUCUCGGUCUUUCUCUUUCUCCUUCUCUCUGUCUUUCUCUUUCUUUCCUUUUAUCAUUCAUUUUUUCUUUCUCUCUCUCCCCUCUCACUCUUUUUCUCUCUUUCUCUCUCUCUCUCUCAUUCUACUUUUCUUUUCUCUUUCUUUCUUUUCUCUCAUUUUCUCUCCUCUCGCUUUCUCUCUCCCUCCUCUCUCUCUCUCUUUCUCUGUCUCUUUCUCUUUUUUCUUUUCUCUCACUGUGUUUCUCUUUCUAUCUCUCUCUGUCUCUCUUUCAUUUUCUCUCUUUCUUUCUCUCUGACUUUCUGUUUCUCUCUCUUUGUGUCAUUGUCUUUCUUUCUCUUUCUCGUUCUCUCUCUUUCUCUGUCUCUUUCUCCCCUCUUUCAUUCUUUCUGUCUUUCUUUCUUUCUUUCGCUCUCACUUUCUUUUCUCUCCCUUUUUCAUUCUAUCUCUUUCCCUCUCUUACUAUCUCUCUUUCUCCCUCUACCACUUUCUCGUUCUCUUUCCCUCUUUCUCUUUCUCUCUCGCUGCCUCUCUCUCUCAUUCUCUCUCUCUCUUUAAAUAUUAUUUCAGGAUGUAGGCGGUUCCUUUAUUCUAACGGCUCAGAAUGCGCAAUCGAAGAGUCGAUUUUCGAAUUCUAG